GCUUUCGACUAGUCUUUAUUUAGUUUUCGAACGUGAAGCAGGUCUCAGACCGUUCGUUUCAUCGUUCUUAACCUCUCUUCUCAGAAUGGAGCUCGUUCGGAUUCUGCUUUUAUUUUCUCUCCUCGCUGUAACUUACGUUUCUUCCCAAAAUUUAAACCUCCUUCUUCUACAUACUAAUGAUAUGCACGGUAAAUUCGAGGAGGUCACUCCUUUGGCAACGACAUGUAACGAACUGGAGAGAAAUAAGACUUGCGUUGGGGGUUUUGCAAGGUUGGCCCACGAGAUCAGAAGAUAUAGAAAAUGGGGUGAAUCGAACGGAAGAAAAGUGCUUUUCCUGAAUGCCGGUGACAUAUUCGUCGGCUCAGAUUGGUAUAGUGUUCACAAGUGGAAGAUUUGCGUUGAGUUCCUGAAUAUUCUUCAGCCCGAUGUCAUAACGCUUGGAAACCACGAAUUCGAUGAUGGUCUCGACAUUUUGAGGCAAUUCACCAAGUCCAUAAAAUGUCCGAUAGUAUCUGCCAAUUUUAACACUUCGUUCGUUGAUCCGGUGAAAAAAUCCACCGUCCUCGAAAUAAACGGAAGGAAAAUAGGAGUAAUCGGAUACUUAACACCAGAGACCGCGUUUCUUUCCGAUACAGAGCAGCUUAAUAUUGUGGACGAAUUAGAAGCUGUGAAGGAAGAAUCUGAAAGACUCGAUAAAGAGGGAGUGAAAAUCAUUAUUGGUUUAGGACAUUCAGGUUUUGACACUGACAAGAGAUUGGCAGAGCAUGUCCCUCUUCUAGAUCUCGUUAUUGGUGGUCACAGCAACACCUUUCUUUGGAAUGGUCCCAAGCCUCACGAAGAAGACGUGCAAGGUCCUUAUCCUACUGUGAUAACUCAAAAAAGUGGAAAAAAAGUUCCAGUGGUGCAAGCGUAUGCUUAUACUUUGUAUUUAGGAAGAUUGAAUGUUACCUUCGAUGAAAAUGGCGAUCUCAUUGAAUUUGGUGGACAACCCGAAUACCUCUCUUCGAAUAUUCCACAAGCUGAAGAUGUUCUGGAGCUGUUAGAGAAAUUCAGACCAGAAGUAGAUAAGACGAACCAAGAAGUUGUUGGAAAAUCUAGUGUUUUUCUUGAUGGUAUGUGCAGAACUCGAGAAUGCAAUUUCGGAAAUCUAAUUACAGACGCCAUGGUUUAUUACUCAGCUUUUCACAAUCAAAUGGAUGAUAUCUGGACAAAUGCUUCGAUAGCACUUUAUAACUCUGGAAAUUUGAGGAAUUCCAUCAAUGUUACUUACACAGAAGGGAACAUUACAAAGGGCGAACUCUUGGCCGCCAUACCCUUCAAAAACGAACUAGUAACUGUCGACCUGAAAGGUUCUGUGAUUUUAGAAGCACUGGAACAUACCGUAGAAAAUUAUGCCAACAAUUUCAUAAGCGCCCAGUUUCUUCAAGUGUCGGGAUUACGUGUAGUGUACGAUUUGGGCAAACCAAAGGGUCGUAGAGUGGCAUCAGUCAAGGUCAGGUGUUCGAACUGCACAAUUCCCAAUUACGAGAAUUUGAACGUUGAUGCUGACUACUCCGUCUUGUUAACCGAUUUUAUUUUAAAAGGAGGUGACGGUUUCAGCAUGAUCAAGGAAAAGAGCAGAAAUGUGAUAGAACAUAAGGUGCCUGUGUUCGACUUGAUACUUUGGUAUUUGUCUAAGCAGAGCCCAGUUUAUCCGGAAGUUCAAGGAAGGAUAAAGUUCAUCAACACCCCUAAUUCAUCCACUUAUUUGCGUGUUACUUACUGGAUAUUUGUUAUGCCAUUGAGUGUGUGGCUCCUAAGAUUGAAUUGAGAAUAAAAUUAUAAAUCUAACUAUGUCAUCUCCUAGGAAGAUAAAAAAGUGUAGAUUUUUUUUCAAUAUGAAACUUGACCAGUGGACAGCUUAAUUAUUUGGAUAAAGUAUGAACAUUAUUUUGUAAUUUUCGCAUGUGUCCUUAGGACUGUCAACGUGGUUAUGAAGUCGUCUUCGUUGACAAUAAUAUUGAGAAUACAUAGUAUAAUUUCCUUUCCUCGAUAGGUAAAUUAUUUUUGUAGAAAGUUCAAAUACUCUAUGAUAUGUGUAUUAUUCCUGUUUUGAAUAAAAUUAUAGGAAACGA